AUGCUUCUCAAAAAUGUUCAUCGAUUCGGACUCGACAACCCUCCAGAAGGCACCGAAGGUCAGAUUUCUGCAGUGAUGGGCGAGUACGAAUAUUGGCAUUAUAUGUGCGACAGCUUCGACGAUCGGGGCUGGGGAUGCGGUUACAGAACGCUCCAAACCAUCGCUUCUUGGAUCAUUAGUCAUUUCGAAGAGAAAACGCUUCCCAAAGUUGAGAGCAUUCACAAAUACCAGGCGAUACUCGGAUCAAUGGGUCAAGAAAUACAAGAAGAAAGCCGCGAUUGGAUCGGAACCGUUGAAGCCUGUAUGGUGAUAGACCUACUGUACAACAUUCCCUGCAAAGUUCUCCACUGUAAAUCUGCAGCUGAAAUCUACGCUCAUAUUCCCGAUAUUUUAACGCACUUUUCCAACUUUGGCGCGCCAUUAAUGAUGGGCGGUGAAAACGACCACUAUUCAAAGGGCAUUUUCGGAAUUGCUCGAAAAGGCAGAAAAUUCGAAGAUGUCUAUCUUCUGAUUGUCGAUCCUCACUACGCAUCUGAAAGCCCUGAUCCCGUUCAGGCGAGGAAAUUUGUCUACUGGAAGGCGCUUUCUGAACUGGAGCAAGGAUUCUACAAUCUUCUUAUGCCUCUGAGUUACAAAAGACCGGAAUGA